CCCUUUCUUAGAGAACAAAAAUAGCGUUAGUAGUAGCGGUCUAGUAGCAAUCACAAUUAAUAAUAACUCAUCUUCUACCAAAAAAAAGAAAUAAUAAUAGUGAUAGUAACUCAUCCUCCAAUUAUCUUCUCCACCACUUGCACCAGUCAAUUAGGUAUACAGCACUUGUAAAGAAGGUACAUGAAGGGUGAAGACGCUAAUGACUCAAGUGUGCUUCAUUUCAUGGCAAUUCCAGCGGCGAUGAUGAGCGGCGAAGAUGAAAAGGACGAGCACGAGCACGACCUGGUGAUGCCCGGCUUUCGGUUCCACCCCACCGAGGAGGAGAUCAUUGAGUUUUACCUCCGCCGUAAGGUUGAGGGGAAGCGCUUCGAUGUAGAACUUAUCACCUUCCUCGACCUCUACCGCUAUGACCCAUGGGAGCUUCCUGGACUGGCAGCAAUAGGAGAGAAGGAAUGGUUCUUUUAUGUUCCCAGAGACCGAAAGUACCGGAAUGGUGAUCGGCCAAACCGGGUGACAACCUCAGGCUACUGGAAGGCUACUGGGGCCGACCGAAUGAUUCGGUCGGAGAACGCGAGGCCCAUCGGACUGAAGAAGACUCUUGUCUUCUACUCCGGGAAGGCACCCAAAGGCAUUCGAACAAGCUGGAUCAUGAAUGAGUACCGUUUGCCACGGAGCGAAACUGAUCGGUAUCACAAGGCUGAAAUCUCACUUUGCCGAGUCUACAAGAGAAGUGGGGUUGAAGACCAUCUCUCUGUCAUGCACAAGCCAUCCUCCUCCAAAUCUACCAGACCUGACAAAAAACACAAGAGAGUUCACCAGCCAUCAUCCUCGUUCGCGACUCUCGCAGGAGAUCCUUCCUCAUCAGGGAUACGGAACAUCCAUGGAGAGGGAGUUUGCAGCAGCACGAACAACAUAUCAGUUCACAGUGCAGUAGCUCCAGUAUUGAACAUGACAGAUUUACUCGAACAAGAUGGGAUUUCACUGAACUCAUCAAAUAUACCGGUACCAGCAAGCACACUCCUCCCUUCAGCUACUUCUCCUGUGGCCACCGCCACAGCCGAUGAGUUCAAUAAAAUGGUAGGCGACCGCGGAGGCUACUUGAACCAAACCAAUCAAUUCAUAGCAAUGCCAUCGCAGCGCCAGCUGCUUAGCCUCACCGGGCUGCCCAAUUCACUGGAAACCAUUUCAGACAAUCUUUGGCAAUGGAAUCAAAUCCAUGAGGCAGGAAAAGACUUCACUAAUUUCAAGUGAUCGACAUAGACAUAGUCCAUCCAUCUACUGUUGGUAUUUUUCUUUUGUUUUUAGGUAUGUAAACUACGAGUUCAGAUUGAUGUGAAUGGAACUUUGUUGUUAAUUAGGCCUGUAGUUCAUGAAGUUUUAAUUGCUUUCCUA